AAAGCCCACUCAAUUCAUGCCCUAAUAAUUCCAAUGAAAUGCAAAUCCGUGACGUAUUUUAGUUGACUGAAACCAAUGCUCACAACUAGUCACAAGUCGAAAAUCUACGAACUCCGACUGUGAUCCGUCUCACUCUAACCCCUUUCGAAGAAGGCCAAAUCGAAGCAAAUCCGAGACAAAGUUCUGACCUCUCCAGCCCUCAAUAUCCACCAUUAGAUUCAAACCAUCGCCGGCGAUCCCCAUGCUGCCCAUCAUCCAAUCCUUCUCUUUCUUCGCCCUCGCCGUCCUCCUCAUCGUCUUGCCGGCGUUCGCUUCUGAUUCCGAUCAUAAGUAUCAACCGGAAGACCCUGUUACCCUUUGGGUAAAUAAGGUUGGGCCUUACAAUAAUCCACAAGAAACAUACAAUUAUCAUAUCCUUCCGUUUUGUCAUCCAUCUGGUAAUGCUGCUCACAAAUGGGGAGGUCUUGGUGAGGUCCUGGGUGGAAAUGAACUUAUUGAUAGCCAAAUUGACAUGAAGUUUGGAAAAAAUGUGGACAAAAGUACCAUUUGUGACCUUGAACUUGAUGAAGCAAAGGUGAAACAGUUCAAGGAUGCUAUUGAGAAUAAUUAUUGGUUUGAGUUCUUCAUUGACGAUCUGCCUUUAUGGGGUUUUGUUGGUGAGCUGCAUCCUGAUAAAAACAGUGAUAAUAAGAAGCAUGUGCUUUACACACAUAAGAAUAUUAUUGUUAAAUACAACAAAGAUCAAAUCAUUCACGUUAAUCUCACUCAAGAGAGCCCAAAACCAUUGGAAGUGGGGAAAACAUUGGACUUGACAUAUUCUGUCAAAUGGAUCUCAACCAAUGUCACUUUUGCACGCCGUUUUGAUGUUUACUUGGACUACCCUUUUUUUGAGCAUCAGAUCCAUUGGUUCUCCAUAUUUAAUUCGUUCAUGAUGGUUAUCUUCCUCACUGGUCUGGUUUCAAUGAUAUUGAUGCGGACUCUUAGAAAUGACUAUGCAAAAUAUGCCCGGGAAGAUGAUGAUCUGGAGACUCUGGAAAGAGAUGUGAAUGAAGAGUCGGGUUGGAAACUUGUUCAUGGGGAUGUUUUUCGGCCUUCUCGCAAUUUAGUUAUUCUCUCAGCUGUUGUUGGCACAGGUGCUCAGCUGGCAUUGCUAGUUCUCCUCGUCAUCUUGUUUGCAAUUGUUGGAAUGCUGUACAUUGGGAGAGGAGCAAUUGUCACAACAUUUAUAUUAUGUUAUGCUUUCACAUCGUUCAUUUCGGGUUAUGUGAGUGGUGGGAUGUACUCACGCCAUGGGGGUAAAUCCUGGAUAAAAUCGAUGAUCCUCACUGCCUCACUUUUUCCAUUUAUGUGCUUUGGGAUUGGUUUCGUUUUGAACACAAUUGCUAUAUUCUAUGGGUCUCUAGCAGCCAUUCCUUUUGGCACAAUGGUGGUUGUAUUUGUCAUUUGGGGUUUCAUCUCAUUCCCUCUGGCACUUCUUGGUACUGUUUUUGGAAGAAACUGGAGUGGUGCGCCAAACAAUCCAUGCCGUGUGAAGACCAUUCCUCGUCCAAUCCCAGAGAAGAAAUGGUAUCUCACACCAUCUGUAGUCUCAAUGAUGGGGGGAUUGCUACCCUUUGGUAGCAUAUUCAUAGAGAUGUAUUUUGUCUUCACAUCCUUCUGGAAUUACAAGGUGUACUAUGUCUAUGGCUUUAUGCUCCUGGUUUUUCUGAUUCUCAUAAUUGUUACGGUUUGCGUGACAAUUGUUGGGACAUAUUUCUUGCUAAAUGCCGAGAACUAUCAUUGGCAAUGGACUUCAUUCUUCUCUGCUGCCUCAACAGCUUUCUAUGUGUACUUGUAUUCAAUAUAUUACUUCUCCGUGAAGACUAAGAUGUCAGGCUUCUUCCAGACGAGCUUCUAUUUUGGAUACACUCUGAUGUUUUGUCUUGGUUUAGGAAUCCUCUGUGGAGCUGUUGGAUAUUUGGGCUCUAAUCUAUUUGUGCGGAGGAUCUACAGAAACAUCAAGUGUGACUAGGGUCUUCCCGAGAAAGGCCAUGAUGGUGCUUUCUCAAGCUUUUGAUGGUAGGAAAUGAAAACUGGGAGGGGACCAAAUGUUAUUUACAGAUGAAAUGAUAUAAUUUUGGUGAUGGUAUUCAACUGUUCUGUUUAGGACGAAGCCCCGAGAUAAUUUCUUUCUCCACCCCCGGGCUGCAAUUGACAGCCUUCUUAAUUUAGAACACACAGCAUGAAAUCAGACUCACUUUAGAUGUAGUUAUAUUCCCCUUCUUUCCCCCUACACUGGAUGUCCCAUGUAAUGGCUGCUGCUUAACUCUCUCUCUCUCUCUCUCUCUCUUAUGUUUUUCUUUUCUUUUUUAUUUAUUUAUUUUUCUCGACUCGAUUAUGGUAUUUGUAUUUGGUAGGAGAAGGUACUUCUUAAAGGGAGAUUGAAGGAAUGAAUUUGUUGGGAUUUAACAUUUGCAAGCAACAA